UUGAGCCGAAUCGAUGUAGGGCAUUGAACAGUGGAUGUGAGAUCUCACAAUUGCAAUCAAGUUUUCUUUUCAGAUCGAGUUUAAUUCGAGACCCAGAUCGAGUGUGGACAUCAUGACGAGCAGCUCGAAGCGGAAAGAGGAGGUGCACGUGCUGAAUGGAGGAGUCAAACAGUCCACAUGGAGCAAAGCGAUCAGCUGUAGAGCAGUGUGGGAAGAGAAGGAUGAGUUUUUAGAUGUGGUCUACUGGUUUCGUCAGAUCAUCGCUGUCAUUCUGGGCGUAAUAUGGGGCGUUGCGCCACUGAAAGGGUUUCUGGGUAUAGCCAUAUUCUGUGUGAUCAACGCAGGUGUUCUGUACGUGUACUUCAGCAGUUUUCAGCAGGUGGAUGAGGAGGAGUAUGGAGGGAUGUGGGAGCUCACUAAAGAAGGCUUCAUGACUUCAUUUGCUUUGUUCCUGGUGGUUUGGAUAAUUUUCUACACGGCGCUACACUACGACUGAGAACACACCGGAAACCCAUAGUCCUGGAGAGACAAUGAUGGACAUUUUAUUUAAUGUGGUGAUAAAGGGCUGGAGCUGCUGCUGCUCAAGGCAUCUGUGUAUCUGACCAGCAGCAUGUUUGGUCCUCGACGAACAGCUGCAUUGUGGGUACAUCUCCAUGACCUUGUUGAACCCAGGGCUUAAUGAAUUUUAAGCGAAUGUUGUCCAGUGCACUGCCACGGCUAUUGGGUUGAUACUGUUGUUUUGGUUUUCCCUAUUUUUCUUGUUUGAAUGCUGCCGUAUCAAACACAAUUGAAUUUAAAUUUAUGUUCUCUUGUUUGUUUAUCAAUUAGCUUCCUACACACAUUGUCUGUUAUGACCAGUAAAUCAAAUAGCAGCGUGGAAAUUCUGUACAAUUUCAUUUGAUCAAGUCCAUAAUGUAUUAAAGUAUUUCUUAUGUCUUGUUGAUGUAACAUACUUCUCAGUAUUUUAUAGUGUAUUCAUGGAUGCUUGUUAUGAUUAAUGAUGCUGUAGAGAGACUAUUUUCUGGCUGAGAUGUUUUGGAGAAUAAAAUUAAACCUGGGCGUCAUCCGCCCCACACUUUUCAACAGAUGUUCUGCUGGACUCAGUGAUUUUAUCCAUUAACUCGAUUUGUAAAACUGUACUAGAAAGUUUUUUUUUGUUUUUUUUGGUUUGUUUUAUGACUGUAUUUAGAGAAAUUCUGGUCUCCAAAUAACUUUUUUAUGUAUCACCCAUAGUGCAUAAAGUUGACAUUUUCCUU